CGAUUCUGGACGCGACCAGGAAGGACAAGCGCAUGGUGGGACAAUUUCAUCAAUGGCACAAUGUUCGAAGAAGAAUGGAGAGAGAAUUUUAGAAUGUCUAAAACGUCAUUGCUGAAGCUAGCAGAAGAGUUGAGACCGUACAUUGAGGGAAAAGAGACCAUCAUGCGUUCUCCUGUGGAUGUUGUGAAGCAAGUUUCCUUAACUCUAUAUUACUUGACCGACGAAGGUCGACUUCGAAAGACAGCCAAUGCUUUUGGAGUUUCAAGACAGGUAACUUCUAAAAUAAUACGUAAAGUAUGCAAAGCCAUCAGUUUACACCUUGGAAAUAAGUAUAUACAUCUGCCAAAAANAUUGACAGGAUGUUUUGAGAUUGUUAUCAAUGAACAGUGGGCAUCAUAAAGUCAAAAAAGAGCGAACCAUCACCGAAGUCGAUUCUGGACGCGACCAGGAAGGACAAGCGCAUGGUGGGACAAUUUCAUCAAUGGCACAAUGUUCGAAGAAGAAUGGAGAGAGAAUUUUAGAAUGUCUAAAACGUCAUUGCUGAAGCUAGCAGAAGAGUUGAGACCGUACAUUGAGGGAAAAGAGACCAUCAUGCGUUCUCCUGUGGAUGUUGUGAAGCAAGUUUCCUUAACUCUAUAUUACUUGACCGACGAAGGUCGACUUCGAAAGACAGCCAAUGCUUUUGGAGUUUCAAGACAGGUAACUUCUAAAAUAAUACGU